UGUAAAUCCAACAUGGCAAGCUGUGCAAAUAUACGUCAACAAAAGAGCUGACUGAAAUAAGAAAUUAUGUCAGCAUGAGUCAACAUGAUUGUCAAAUUGCAAAAGGUGGGGAAUGACCUCGGACACAGAUAAAGAUGACAGGCCAAUGUUGGCGGCAGGAAGAACUAAGGAUUGUUCUCCUGGGAUGGGACCGAUUAGAGAAGAGUAUGGUGGGCAAUGCCAUGCUUGGCCAUGAAGCAUUUGACACAGGGAGCGACACUGAUGUGUGCAUGAGGAAGCAGGGUGUCAGCGCAGCUGGGACUCAGCUCACGGUGGUUAACACACCUCAGGACUGGCUUCACUAUGUUGUCCACGACCCCGCUUCUGUUGAUCACAGACUGGUCACAAGCGCAUCAAUGUGUCAGCCAGGGCCUCAUGUCUUCCUCCUGGUUAUCUCCGUUGAUUCACUUUCAGGGAGAGAGCGCAGCCUUCAGGCAGCCAUUCUCCUGCUGAGUGACAUCCUAUGGCCAUACAUCAUAGUUGUGUUGACAGGCCUGGAAAAACUAACAGAGUCAUCGAUGAUAAAAGAUAUUGCUGAGGAAUACCAGUGCCUUCAAAGUGUUUUAGAAAAGUGUGGACACAGACACCACUAUCUAAACACAACUCAGCAGCCUCAAGACAGUGACCCCCAAGCUAUGGAUCUGCUGAAGAGCAUGCUGGCAAUGGCAGCAGGGAACCAAGAACAGACUGGUGAAGCUUUUCUCUGUCCAGACAGCAUACUGAAGGAGGCUGAGAGGAGAAUCAUUGUAGAUAACAAAAAGGCAAAAGUCAGAAGCUUGGGGCAAAAAGAAUGCCAGACACACAAACUUCUACAGGCAGGCAUUUCAAGUCGACGCACAUCAUUGCGGGUUGUGAUGGUCGGCGCCAGGCAGGCAGGGAAGAGCACAGUCGGAAAUGUCAUACUUGGCCACAAAGUCUUUCAAUCUGGACAUCCCACUAGCUGCUGUGUAGCAAGGGAAGGGGAUGCAGUAGGGAGAAGCAUCACACUGGUAGACACUCCAGGUUGGGAGCACAAGAGUAGCAGCUCAGUAGAUACUCCAGAAAAAGUCAGACUACAGAGAGUGCAGAGCACCAUUAUGGACGAAACGGAACCAAAUGCAUUUCUUGUGGUCAUUCGCAGUGACGAGAUGUUUACGGAAAAUGAUAAACAUCUAUUGCAAGAGCACCUGACCCCAUGGGGCCGAGACGUAUGGCGAAGAGGCAUCGUUCUGUUCACCCGGGGAGAUCAGCUUGGAGAAACAACAGUGGAGAACCACAUAGAGAGGUGGCCAGCCCUUGUGUGGCUCGUAGAAAAAUGUUCGAAUAGAUACCAUGUACUGGAUAACGUUGUCAGGACAUGCAACUGCAAGGUGAAGGAGCUGAUUGAAAAAAUUGAGGCAGUUGACCUGAUCAAUGACAACCAGAUUUUGCUUCAAGCACUCUUGAAGGCCGAAAGGGACAAAUCGAAGCAGCGCUUUAAGGUGAAGGAACUUCAAAAGAAUGUGAGAGACCUUCAGAGAGACUAUGAGCAGCAGGAGAGACUUCAGGAAGAGAGAAACCAGAGGCUGCAAGAGACUCUUCAGAGCUGCGGUAAGAGAGAAAAGCUCUUAAAAGAAAAAGAACAGCGAAUAAAUGAAAGAUUGACAGAGUUUGAGGAGAAAAAGAAGAAGCAUCAAGAACAGAUAGAACAGCUGACCCAGAGUUGCAAUGAGAGGGGAAAGCUCUUGAAAGAAAAGGAACAGUUUAUAAAUGAAAGAUUGACAGAGUUUGAGGAGAAAAAGAAGAAGCAUCAAGAACAGGUAAAGCAGCUGACCCAAAGAUGCAGUGAGCAGGAUAGAACAAUUGAAUUGAUGAGGAAGGAGCAGAUGGCAUUGAGGCAAACCCCAUUUGAUCAAGAAAGGGAAUCAGGGGAUCAUACACAUUGGUGUGGUGAUCAAAACAAUAUGUUGGAAAAUAUAUGCAAUAUGGAAUCUGUGCUGCAAAAAAAUAAUAACCCACAAUUAAUACCAUCAGAGGGUUUGCAACUGGACAGGCAGAGAGAGGUCAGGAUUCUGUCCUUAAGUGAGGCAGAGGGGAAACCAGAGAAAGGACAAACAGGCAUCAGAAGUGACAGCACAGACAGGAGUGAAACCAUGCAUUUGACUGAACCAACCUUUCUUCACAUGGACUCUGCUGUGGUUCAGAAAGUUGAGCAGCCUAUUCAGGAAGCCACAAAGCAACACCCACAACAACUGGAAAUCAAACCUGUGGGGACAACAAGGAGGUAUGAAGGAGCGGCUAUAGGAGCUGUGAUUGGGACCCUGGCAGGACUCCGCAGGGGGAUACUGAGGGCAGCCAUGGGCACUGCCAUUGGAGUCUCUGUGGGAGCUCUGCUGGAUGCCUAUCUCGGGGCAAAUGGUAAACACUGAGGAAACCAGGAUGUCUGAUAUAUUAGGAGAUAUAUGUCAGGUGUUUAGAUGCACUUGAAAUAGUGGUUAAUAUAUUUGUUUGAAGUUAUAUUUAGCAAUUUUUUCAUGUAUUGUUGAUGGGUUGAAAUAAUAAUGCUUUGUGCUGAAGGCCUACAACAAACUCUUAAAGACUGGAAUUCACUGGUAACUUUGUGAACACGUUCAUGUGAACGAGCUAUUCUUAUGAUAUCAGCCAGUGUACUUUACCAUUACAAUUGUUAGUCUUAUUUGAACAAAUCAACAAAGUGUCCACUCCAUUUGCACAUACUCUUUUAUUUUAAAAGAACAAAAUAAAACAUUUCAAACAAUACUUGAAGACAAACAGGUUGAAAUGAAUGAUCCAACAGGGCAAAAAGUUCAGUAGGUAUGGCACAGUUGCUGUAAGAAAAUAAUUUUUUUCCUGCAGAUCAUGGCUUGCACAAUUACAAUACUGGGAGGUAUUUGUUUCUUUAUAUACAACAUUUUCUAUCUACAGUCAAUACAUGAGAUUUAGAAGCAGCAACACAUAAAAACGUUUUUUUUUUUAAAUGUGAAAUAUCCCCAACAUUUUUGUAUGUUGUAUUUUAAUUAAUCAUACCUGAACUGAACUGUAAAUAACUAUAACUUGAUCUGUAUAAC